GCAAAAAAUGGGUGACAUAACAAGUUGGGGGGAGGCAGGCCAAAAAUAUAAAAUACACCCAGAAACUUUGGAUUAUUUCAAGAUUUUAAGUGAUGAAGGAUAUAAACCUCUUGUAGAAUUAACUGUCGAAGAAGCACGGCAGGUUUCCGAAGAAAGGUCAGAGAGAUUUGCAGGAACCAUUGAUUUUGAUGGAAACGAAAAGCAAUACGUUUGUCCUUCACCUUACAGUAAAGAUGGGAUUCCCAUAGACGUCUACACACCAAGGGGGUUUAUUCCCUCCUCUUCAAUACUGGUUUAUUUUCAUGGUGGUGGAUUAGUGAUUGGUAGCAGGAAAACUGUCAAAACAUUAUGUCAGAUUUUAGCAAGAGAUGGAGAAUGUAUCGUGGUGAAUGUAGAAUACAGAAUGGGACCUGAACAUAAAGCACCAGCUUUUUUCCAAGAUGCUAACACAGUCUUAAGAUGGAUCAAACUCAAUAAAGGUCUUCUAGGUGCUCUUUGUACCAGUAAAAUAGGUGUUAUGGGUGAUAGUGGUGGUGGUCAAAUAGCAGCUACGGUCUGUUAUGAUGUCCUAGGUAUUGACUAUCAGAUAUUGAUAUACCCAAUGACGGAUCUGGCCUGUUCUCUCCCAUCUUUUGAAGAAUUUGCAUCAACUCCGGGUUUAAACCAAGCCGCCAUAGACUGGUUUACUGAAAGAGCGUUUAAAAGUGAAGAAGAUAGGAAAAAACCAGAUUAUAAUCCAGGUUUACAACUUAAACAGCGUACUCUACCCACAACGUUGAUUAUCAUAGCACAAUUAGAUCCGCUCAGAGACUGUGGUUUUGCUUAUAGAAACAAAUUAAAUGAUGCCGGUGUAUCAGCUACAACAGUUCUUAUUAAAGGUGCACCACACGGAUACUAUCAUUUACCAGGUCAUUUUAGAGAAUUAUUUGCACAAGCCAAUAAACAUGUUAUACCAUUUAUUAAAUUGUUCAAUUCAUGAUGCUAUAGUUAAGGUUAUCUUUGGUUCUGUAUUUAUUGUAUGCUAUUUUUGAUAAAUUAAUCUAUAUCAAC